GAUUAAUGCAGACGCCAAUGCAUAUGCUAGCUGCAUUUCGAAAUCUCACAUUCACGGAAGAGCUUAACGCAAAUCGCAUUAAAAAUGGCUGAUGACAAAAACAUUUGGGACGAUAGCCUACUGAUCAAGGCCUACGAUGACUCUGUCAACUUGGCUCGCGAGACGCUGGCGCGUCGCAUCGCCGAUUCGACCAACACGCGUGAGGGAAAUGGGGCUGAGAACGACAAUAAAACUGACCCGGCCUCAACGUCAGAGCCAGAUUUGGAGCAGGAAGAGGAAGAGCAGGAGCGCGUUUUCAAGGUGGGCGAAUUUGUGCGGGCCACCUACACUGAUGGCUUGGACUACGAGGCUACAGUGGUGUCCAUUGACAAGAGUGCAGGCACCUGCGUGCUGCGCUAUGUGGGCUAUGAAAACGAACAGGAGGUGCUGCUAGCCGAUCUAUUGCCGACCUGGGGCAACAAGGCGCGUCGCGAACAAAUACUCUUCGCCAAGCGUUCGGAGGCCGAGGAGGGUCAGCAGGAGCAGCGUGCCAAGAGCGUUAAAAAGUCCGUGGCCAAGGGCAAGCAUACGGCUGGCGCACGUCCACCGGGUCCAUCACCUGGCUUGGUUAUGCCGCCGAUGCCUCUAGUGCCGCCCAUGUUUACACCUGCCGGUGGCAUGGACGGGGAGCCGGAGCAGGACUUUGUGGCCAUGUUGACGGCCUGGUACAUGUCGGGCUACUACACGGGGCUCUAUCAGGGCAGAAAGGAGACCAGCGCCAAGAAGAAGACAUCCAAGAAAUAAUUACAAAUAUCUCAUAGACUCUGUCUUAGGCAUUAAGAAUAAAUAUUGUGUUAAGUAAAUGGACAUAUAUACAUAUAUAUCUAAA